AUGAAACCGAACAUAUUGAACCCAACUCCAUACCUUUUAAUGUUGAUCUACUAUCUACUUCCAGUCAUUCAGAAGGUCGAUUCAGGCAGCAAUACCUCACAAGUGUACAUAUUUCUUCGAGAGGAGGAAACUGCAGUUGGAAAUGUAAUAUUGAGUUCCUCGAGGACUAUGUACAUAGCAAAGGUUUAUGCGAAGCGUGGAAUUUACUCAGUCCUAAUAGAAGAACCUAUCGAGCCUUCACCAGAGUUCUUUUACCCCGAGAAUAUGUACAGCAUGCCAAAAAGUAUCAAGUAUUUCAGCCUUAACGAGCACACCGGAUUAAUGAAGGUCAAUGAGCGGUUGGAUUUUGACAAUCCUGAGAUGGAAGCGGCUGGAUGUGUUAGAAAUGAGGCCAAAGAGACUCUCAAAUUACUUCAACAGAAUUCUCUGCCUGCAUUUAAGACAGCCGAGUAUUGCUGUUUUCCAGUGGAAAUUAUUAGCGGUGGAGAAGAACGCUUGGCACUGCAUGUCUGCAUUGAAGACAUUAACGAUAACGCACCCGAAUGGAGUUUACAAAGUGCUACCGUCAUGGAUUUAAAUAAAAAUAGCUCUUUGAUGGCACUCUCAAUUCCUGAAAACUUGCCUCUAGAUAGCGCGAUUGACAUUCCUUCAGCUACUGACAGAGAUUCCGGUGUGAAUAGUGCCCUUACAUAUGAGAUAUGGCCAGAUACUCCGGAGUUCGACGUUGUUUGGAAUGCAUCCACGUCGAAACUAUGCCUCUACAUUAGGAAGGAGCUUGAUCGGGAAACUGAAUCUAGCUACAAUUUUACCAUUAUUGCCCAUGAUGGAGGUCUAGAAUCAAAGUCUGGAUCUGUCAGUCUUGCAAUCAGCGUUGAGGAUGUAAAUGAUAAUGAUCCAGUUUUUGAGGAGUCAACAUACAUUGUAACCAUUCCAGAGGAUACCAAUAUCUUGACUCCAAUAAUUCAGGUAAAUGCAACCGAUUCCGAUCUUGGCAUCAAUGCAGAUAUCUCCUAUUCCAUCAGCACAUUGACUGAUCCAGAAUUCAGCCAAAUGUUCUCAAUUGAUGAUAAAACGGGUUGGAUAUCUUUGGAGAAAGAGUUAGACUUUGAGAAUUAUAAGCAGAUUAGUUUAACGAUUGCGGCAACCGACUUAGGCGAAAUUCCACGUCAAUCGACGUGUCUAGUGGAAAUCAAUUUAACCGACGUGAAUGACAACGCUCCAAAACUACUCUUUGAACCGGGCAGUCUCACAAACAAUGCGUUGGUUCCAGAGAACGAAAUUGCUGGUCGUAUUGUAGCUGUUUUCACAGUUGUGGACGAGGAUAGUGGCGCGAAUGCGGAUACAACUUGUUGGAUCAAAUCUGUGAUCAAGGAGAAAGUGAAUUUGAAUUCAAAGAUUGGAGCUGGAUCCAUGAACGAGAAGGAAAACUUCAAGAUGGAAGCAGGCAAGGUUGAAGAGGAAAUCGAUACAAUAGAUAUUGAAAACUAUUUCAAAUUGGAAUUAAUGGCUCUGCCAUUUGCUAAAGUUUACCAACUUUCAACCGUUGCAAUAUUUGAUCGGGAGGUAGGAAGCAAGUACUGCGUUGGGAUUACGUGCGCCGACACGGGUGCUCCAAGCCUGAAUACCACGGGUUAUGUGCUGGUUCGAAUACAGGAUGUAAAUGAUCAAGCACCCCAAUUUCCCAAUAGACACUUCACCUUCAGAUUGCCGGAAAAUCAACCGACUGGCAAGGUGCUCUUCAAGCUUACAGCGAACGAUUUGGACGAAGGUAAAAUUGAUUGGGCUAGUUUUACGCAGUUUUUUAGUACUUAUAAACCAUUUAUUGAAGAUGACCCGCAUAGCAUUAUAUUCUGA